CAAGACCUAUAAAAAAAAUCAAAUCAUUUAAACAAAAACCAAAAAAAAAAACUGUUGUAAAUAUUUUCAUUCAACAAAAAAACAAACCAAAUUACCAAAACAUUAAUUAUUUUUAAAUUUAUUAACCAUCUUACACCCUCAAUCCAACAUAAACAAACCCAACACCUACUUGGAACCCUAAAUGAAAUACAACAAAAAUAUAAACAAAAAAACAAAUUGAAAAUUUAUUUCUAAUAAAUAAUGUUUUGUAAAUAAAUAAAAAUCUCAUCUUUUUAUCUUCCAAAAACAAACAAUUUGGCUUUAAAUCAAAAUUUAUAAACAAUUUCCUAAACUCCUUCACUGUUUAUCCCACUUUCUCAUAAAUAAACUGUCGUUCAAAACAACAACAAAAACAAUCAUUUAUAUUUUAUUAAUAUUUUUAUGAUUUUGUUUUGUUUUUUUAAUAAUAAUCUUAAAUAAUUAACUCCCCAAAAUAUAAACUAUUUUUAUGUGUGUGUGUGUGCUAUUUUUUGUGAGUACCUUCCCUGGCUUUUAUAAAGAAAAAAAUAAAAUCCAAAAAAUCUUAUACAUUUCUUAAACAUUUUUUGCCUGCAUGCUUUUGUUUUACUAACAUUUUUUAUUUGGUGUAAAUAUUGGUUUGUAGUCUAAUUAAUUUGCUAGCUUUAAGUUUGCUUUAUACAUAUUUUCUUCUCCUCUUAUUCUUCUUCUUCACCUUUAGUUUAGUUUUUCCUCUAUUUCCUUUUGUUUUAAGCUUAAACAUUUAUGGAAGUGUUUUUUUUUUAUUUUUUCUCAUAUCAUUUUAAUUACUACAUGCAAACAAAAACAAACAAAAAAAACUUUUGCAAAAAACAUAACUAUAAACUACAUACAUAUUUUGUAACUGUAUACAAAUAUAAACUAUAUAAACCCCAAAUCCCUCCUACCAAAUAAUCGAACUGUGCUAAAGGAUUAAAUACACUCGAAAAAAAACAACAAUAACAAACUUAAACCCUAAACAAAUCAACUUUACAACGGAUUACAACUUUUGGAUUACUUUUGAUUUAUCACUAUAACUACACAGCUUUAAAAUGGAUUACCUAUAUCAAUGAUGUUUAACAUUGUUUUAACAAAUAAAGUGUUAAAAUGCAUUUACGACAUUUAAAACGUUUUUUAUUUAUAAAAACCUGCAAUAAUAUAUAAAACUACAAACAACAACAAGAAAACAAACAAAAAAAGCGGUUAUUGUUUCUUCUUCAAUAAACCGCUAAUAAAAACUGUAUGAAAUAAAAACUUCACCAAAUACCAUGAAGUUUUGCAGUAUGAACGGACCAACAGAAUCAGAAGUUGAAAGCCUUUUAAUGAGUCCUUGCUGGGGCCCCGCACAGAACGGCAGUCAAGAUCAAUAUUUACUAGACGGCCAUAAAUUAUUAUUAGAACAUGAUCUUGACUCACUGCCCAGUGAUACGGAACAGAAGAAUUCCCUAGAUGUUUUGGAUAAUUUGUUAAUGAACUCUUCAUCUUUGAAUGCGCUGUCAGAUUUGAAGCCUCUGCCACCCUUUACCGGUUAUACGGGACAUUUAUCAAUAAAUGGCAUAUCGGGUCAUCAUUAUCAUGCCAUAGCCCAGAGGCUGCCAGAUGAAAGCAAUAAUAAUUAUAUACAAUCGGCGUAUCAUACGGGAGCGACGACAAAUCCAUCGUCAACGGGUAUAUUGGGAACCACAACUAUACAGCUGGCCGCCUCCUCAACGGGUAACUCACCGAAUGGUGGUGGUGGUGGCAGCGGCGGAGGUGGCAUGAGUUUGUCUAGUAGUCAUAAUUCAUCAGCCGAUCAUAAUAUUGUUUCCUCCUCCACCUGCCUGCCUGAAAGUGUCUUAAGUUCGGAUGCCGAUGCCUGCCUAAAUGAUGUUAAACUCUUUGCCGAUAGUCAAUUAGAUAGUAAGCUUUAUUCUUUGGCCGACAGCUGUGUUAUGUCCCAUCCCUCGAACAAUAGUACAACAUCUGCGAUUUUAAAUGGUGGUCAGGAUCCCGAUUCGGGUGGUGUGAGAAUAUAUGCAGAUGCUAAGGACUUAACCGAAUAUGUGGAUAUGAACUCCAUCGAUGAUAUAGCGGCAAUAAUUGGCAGUGCAAUAGCUGAUACUACGGUACCUAAUCAAAUGGACAAAGAUGAUGGCAAUGAUACUCGCGACUCCUGGAUCGAUUUGGAUGCUUGGAUUGAGGGCAAUUGUAUACAGCAGGAGGGUAAAUUGGUGGUGUCACAGCAGGAUUCCUUAAGUGAGUUUAUACUACCACAGUCGCCCGUACAUCCCAGUAGUUCUACCCUGCAGAGUCUGCUGACACAUGGCUAUAUGCCCUUGUUGCAAAAUCGUCUACAAAACGGUCCACCCUCGGGCAAUAUUAAGGGUGAAGCGCCUAGUUCUACCUCAUUUUGUAAUGAAUUAACGACGGCGACCUCCACAUCGGCCAGCCCACCUGGUUCGGUGGUCUCCACCACAGAUAAUCUCAUGAUCAAUCCCCGCUAUCUUACCAAUCCUGCACAAUAUCAGAUUUCCAUGAAAUCUGAAGGCCUCUGCAGUCCGGACAUGAUGGGCAAUUAUCCGCACACGACCACCAUUACACCCACCGGCACACCAAAAACCAAAAGAUCUAGAUCACAGAAGAAAUCAUCAGCGUCCACAUUAGCCUCAUCCUCGCUCGGCAAUGGCCAACAAAACGGCUCACAGCCCCAACAAAUGAACUCCAUUACAUCACCCUCCUCGGUUAACUUUAAUGCCAACGACCUGACGGGUCUUCUGGGUAAGGAGAAGCCUGUGCAUCGUUGUAGUAUCUGUAAUCGGGGCUUUCUCAAUAAAAGUAACAUUAAGGUACAUUUGCGAACGCAUACGGGAGAGAAACCGUUUCGUUGUGAAGUGUGUGCUAAAGCCUUUCGACAAAAGGCUCAUUUGCUCAAACAUCAACAGAUACAUAAGAGAAUUGGGCGUGACUGACAUCAGAAUCAAGCCUCGGCGAAAAUUUCCAAUUACCACUCCAUACGAAUGGAUAAUGAAGAAUUUCGUUUCAAACCGAUCAUACUACAAAAACCCAAAGUAUUCUUACAUCCUUAACCCUUCUAAAGAGACCCCCCCUCGCCCAACACAUUUGUGUAGUAUGCAUUUGGUUUGUGCCUAAAACAAACAUAAAACUUGUCGAAAAUUUUUGCAAAUAAUUAUUAAAAUAAAAAUUCAAUUUUUGUUUUAAUACAAUUUAUUUCCAAAUAUUUUUCCACUGUGUGUGAUUUGGUUUUAUUCCCAACGAUUCGUUCGUUCCAAGGCGGCUCAAAGUAUACCAACAUAUUGAACGGAUGCAGCACUUUAACAAAAUAGAAAUGUUUUUUUCUUUUCUUUUGUUUUUCAUAAAAAUAAAAUUUAUUUUAAAUAGAUUUUGUUUAUUUAGAGAAAAAGAAAAACUUUUCUUAUUUUUGUUGUAUACAUUUUUUUAAUAUUUUGCUAGAGUUUUUCGCUGCAAGCAAAAUUAAACAAAGUGCUCCAUACGAUCAAUUGGGAAAUUUGGUUUAAUCUUUGAUUGCUACAAGUAUUGGUUAUAAAGCCUGAAUAAAACCAUUUUACAUGCCACAUGAAUAUGAUACAAAGAAAACAAAUAUCAAUUGUUAUUCGUUGUUGUUGAUUGCUUUUGAUCUCUUAGUUAUUCUUAGAAAUAUUAGACAAUUUAGUUUUUUUAAGAAUAUUUUUUUAGCAAAAUUUCAUUUAAGUUUAGUAAAACAUUUAGGUAGAACAAGCGCUAGUUUACUUAAAAGAGUAGGAGUCAAAUAGCUUCCAGGUUCUUCAUCUAACUCCUACCCUCUCUCCCUCUCUCUUGGAGCAAUAACAUUUUACUAUGUAAUACUUUUUUGUUGAUCAAAAAACAAUGUUUAAAAAGAGAUAUCUAAGCCCGUGACACUAUCUUGAAGAGAAUUUUGCUAUGGUGAGGAUAUUUCAGAUGUACCUCAAUAUUUUAUCCCUUCAUCAAGAUCAAGAAAAAAGUGAGAUAGAUUCAGUUGGUUCUCCCAAUUAACAUUUAAUUUACCCUUCAAGCCAGCUAUCGAUUAAGAGCUCACUCAUUAACUGUUAUACUCACUUGCUUAGACUCUUACACGUAUAAAAAAGCAAUAAAAGCUUAUUUAGCUAUAUUUGCUUUAAACUCCCCAACUCCCAAUUCAGCAAGCUGAAUGAGUUCAACAUGAAUGAGUCUAUCGGCCAACUACUCUCUUGUUUGCUGUUAUGCUCUCAACAAAACCAAUGUGAAAGCUUAUUUAACAAUCUCUGCCGAUAGCAGAUUUAAACUCCCAAAAGUGAUGAGAGCUGAAUACAACAUUUUAAACCAGACAUCUGCAAAGAGUUUCUUUAUGAACUCUGUGAUCGUGUUUGCUUGUUUUCAAACAUAGAUGGGUCAGCAAUUGGAAGCAAGAAAGAAGAUUUAAAUAAAACCCAUUUAAAAAUUUAUUUAAUACUCUAUGCCGAUAGCUGAUUUAAACUAUUUUAAACUAGGCGACAGCAAACUUUAACAAAGCCUAUCUAAAAACUCAUUUUAUACUCUAUUUUAAAACAAGGCAUAAGCAAAGGAUUCAUUUAUGAACGAUGGGGGUGUGAUUGUUUUCAUAAAUGGAAGAGAAUGCGUGCAAAUGAGAGUUAACAAGAGCUUUUUUUAUAAAGUCUCUAUUUUCAUAUAUUGAUGACUCUUACUCUUUGUACUCGUACUCUUUGCCGAUAGCAGCUUUAAACAAACUUUGUGAUAUUUUGUUAAGUCUAGCAAUAACAUGAUUUUUUUCUUGAGAAACUAUUUACUCGAAACUUUUUCAAUAAAUUCAAUUAAUAACUACUUUUUAAGACAAAUUAUUGUCCAAUUCUACUCCUUUAAAGAAAGGUAGUAAACAUUUUUAACAUUUUAGUAUCAAAACAGUUCCAUAUUAUUGAAAUUAGAAAUUAUUAACCUCAAAACUAGAUAAAAUUCAGAAACAUAUGUAAACCACACACUCAAUAAACUAGAAUUCCAAAGAGAGCACAAGCAAUGUAAGAACAACGGAGCGUCCAAUUGUCUUUUUGCAACUGUUGUUCCGUUUUGAUGCAACUCUGUGAGUCUCUAUCGAAAUGGUAAAAAAAGCACACACUCACACACAAUACAACUCAAUGGCAACUCUAAGAAAACAAAUACACUGUAAAAAAUUUCAAUAAAAUAAAAAACACUCUCAAGUAUGCCUAAGUAAAUUUUUUGUAAAUUAAAUAAAAAAAAAAC